AUGAAAGGGGUGCUUUUUAGCACCUUUUUAAAUACAUGAUAGCCGCCACUGAAACCAACCAGUUUUCUUAAAUCUUACUUUAGGUACGAUACUAAACUUGUGUUAAAAUUAUUUUUAGGAAACGAUUAAAGCAAGUUGCGAGGCCGUCACACCACUGCAAGAGUCAGCAGCAGUAUUUCAAAAUAUGUCAGUAGAAACAAACGCCACUGCUGGUACAUUUCCUGUUUUAAAUGAUAACACUGCUGGCACAACAUCUCCUGUGACUCAAGGUAAUUUUCUGUGUACAAUUUUGUAAAUAAUACCUGUAUGAAUAAAAUAUAAUAUUACUUUAUAUAAUUAUUAUAAUAUUUUUUUAAUUUUGUUUUUAACAGAAAUGUUGUUCCAACAAAAUACUGACAAAAGAUAUUUUAAAUUAAUGUCUUUUGAAAUGAUGUCACUUAUGCUAGUGUAAUAGGCAAAUGUCACUUUUGGAAGUUUUUACCUAAUCAAAUUUUUUCUGGUGCAGGUCAAAAUCCCAAAUUGGUCAAAAAACCAACAGUCACAUACCGUAUAAUAUUGAGGGAGCUUUCUUUAUAAUAUUUAUAUUUUUUAUGUUCACAUUUUUUUAAAUAAAGAUGUGAAAAUAUUAUAUUGUAGGUACCUACCUAAAUUUAAUGAAACGGUAUUUUCUAUUGUAUUUGUUAUUUUUGUCCAUGCCAUUUUUUAUUAUUUCUUUUACCUAUAUUCAUUUUUGGUUUUGACCGUGAAUUUCAAAGAAAAGGAAAUUUAACCUAACCUAUCCUAAACCUAAAGUUCGACAGUGGAAAAGCACCUAUACCCUAUUAUAGUCGUCACUCGCGGCGCGGCGUUCCUUAUAAGUGUAUUUACUGAUAAUUUAUAUUAAUAUAAAAUUAAUAACUCGCUUGUUAAUCUGUAUAAAUAAAAAGACGGUCAUACUAAGCACGAUGGAUGGGCCACUAUUGUAGGUGAGAAGUUGGGAGAGUAGGAUGUAAAGGGGAAUUUCAUGUAUCUAUAUGCAACGAAUAAUCUUUGCAAUGCCCUACAAAAUUCGAUUCUGAGCGGAAUUCAGUUAUACAUAUUUUAAUAUGUAUAACUACAUAUAUUUUACACAUUUACGUUAUUGUAGAUUUUCCAAACAUUUUCUAUGGACAAUUUUUCUACCAGCAAUAUUUCUUUGAUUUACAAUGAUAGACAUUUUUAUGAAAGUAAAUCUGACGAGUGGUACUUAAGUAUAUUUGGGUGCUAUUUGAGUACUUUAUAAAUGGUCAAACCUACAGAUAUACAUUAAAUUUCCUCUCUAAAUUUCUAACUUAUAACCUACAACAGUAGCCCACCCACGUGCGAAGUAUGUACGUUUUUUUUUUACAUAUUAUAACAGUUUAUUUUGUUCAUCUUUGUUACCAAGGUAACAUAUCAUAAGUCAACAAAAAUAAUUUGUUUUUGUACUGCAAAUACUUUAAAACCGGAUUUUAAGUUGGGUUAAAUCACACAAAUGAGCAUAAUCUUAUCAAAAUCAAUUGUGUAGUUUUAAAGCACGUAAACUCGUUGUACGCUUAAUUUUUAUAUAUUUAAGAUGUGUACUCUAUUGUGAUGAGUUAUUGAAUGUAUUUAUUUUAUUAAAAUCUUAAAAUCUAAAUAAAGUAUAACUUAAUUUUAGAUUUUGAGUGGAGCAAAGUUUUUGGUUUUACAAAGAUGUUUUUUUUUUUAUCUGUGCGGAGCUCUUCUAUCAGAAAUGUCGCUCUAAUUUACAAUGAAUGCACUUUUUCUGAAAGGAAAUCUGACUGGGAAGGACUUUAGGGAGGUAUUUUUUUGAUUCUCCUAGGAUUUUUCCAUCAAAUUUAAAAACUGGGAAAUCAUUUACUGUAGUUCUUAUCUUAAUUUAGUUUUUAUUAAUUUAAGUUUUGAAAAUGUAUGUCAACUGAAGCAGAUUCAAUAGGCAACAUACAUAAGGCUUUUAACUCUCAAAAUACAUUUGGAAUGGUAAAACUUAGGUAAAUCCAAUGCACUCUACUUUUUUAAUAGUUUACAAAUUUACUGUGGUACAAACAUAUCUUCAUUGUCAGUUUCGCUUUUGAUAUCUGGGCUUGAAAUGUUAUCAUAUUUAGCAUUUGAAUGAAACAUACAUGGAAAUUCUGAAGCAGAAGCUCAUUUUUAAUUUAAUAAUACUACUAAAUCUAUGAACUAUAGUUAUCAGGGGUUAUGUUGUAAAUUACAUAUUUAUAUACAUACUUAACGUCUAACGCUUUGAAAUUACCUAUCAUUCGCCACGCUACUGUAAUUACUUACUCUUUUUUAAACCAUGAUCGACCACUAAUCUUAUAACAAACCGCAUCUGUCUACCUUGGGGUCAGGAAAAAAAUCAAGUGGUAAAAAAGGAAUAUAUUUAUUUUACAUAUCAUAAAAAAAAGGUAUUUUAUAAUAUAAAAAGUAAUAUUAUUGGUUAGUACUACCUAUUAGUAGGUACUAUAUAAUAGUUAUCCACACCAUAUUUUAUACCAUUGACUAUAUAAUAUAUAGGUAUACUUAAUGAUAAUAUUUUAAAUGUUAUCAUAAAAAUAAUUAUUGAAGCAAGUUAUUGAAAUCUGCUGUCCAUAAUCAAAUGUAACAAAAAAUAACUCCUAUAAAUGUUGUGUAAGUACAAAAUAUAGAAAAAUCAACUUAAACAAAACAUAUGGCAAUAGCAAAUAGUGGAAUUAUUUAUUUUUAAAAAUCAAAAGCUGCAUGAUAUUAUUAUAAGUAUAUUAUAUAAUAAGUCAUAUGAAGUAAUAGUAUAUCAUGGUUAGGUACAAUAAUACAGUUUUUGUACUAAAUUAAAAAAAAAAAAAUUACGAUAAUUAUUUUUGUUAAAACAUAUAAAAUAUUAUCAUUGAAUAUAUAAUAUAGUCAUGGUAUUAAAAUAUGGUGUAGGUACCUAUUAUAUAGUACUAUAUAAUAUUACUUUUUAUAUUAUAAUAUGUAAAAUACAUUUAUUGCUUUUUUACUACUUGCUUUUUUUUUCCAAAACUCGUUUAUCUAUGCUAUAUUGUUAUUAUUUACUAAUUUAUUAAUUACUUACCUAUUAUACAGUUUUUAUACAACUUUGGUAAAAAAAUAUAUUACAAUGAACAGCCACUAAUAUGUAUAUAACUAUAACUGGUAGAACAUUUGCUUAAAUUCCCCCCAUCCCCCUAAACAUGUAGUUAAAGAUAAUAAUUAUAAAUUGUCAAAAGGUACUGAGCAUUCAGGAAAUGAAGAAGAUAAUGAGUUAAACGGUAAGACAUUUUGUACAUAAAUUUGAUCUUCAUAAAAAAUUGUUUACAUUUUUAUUAUGUGCAAUUCAGAUUACAUUGGAUGGGAAAAAAUUGAAUCAUUUUAUGUUCCAUACAUAAAACGGACAUUUAACGGAGAAACUUUAAAUUAUGUAUCUGUACAAAUUGCAGAAACUCAUCCGCUAUCAAAAUAUAUAAUUAGUCUGCUUGUGAAAUUGUAUACUUGCCCGGCUGUGAAAAGUUUUUUCAUCACGGAAUUUGAAGCACAACUGCUCAAUAAUAUCAAUAAAGAUCAAUUUUAUGGAAAAGGCCAAUUUUAUGGCGGCAAAGAUUGCAUUGUUCGUUUGGAGGACGUGAAAGAAUUGUACGCGUUUAUUGAAGCUUGUUUUAAACAAUUGCUGUGUAAUACUGCGUCUGCCCGCCAAAGAAAAUGUGGUUUCAUAUCUAUCAAUUCAAAGUUUGCUGUGCCAUACAGCAUCAAAGACAACCAUAAGUAUAUUCCACUCUUCUGCUUUGAAGGCGAAAUAGAUAGCUUAAGUCAACAUGCUAUUAAGCUUGAAAAUUGGGACUUGGCGUACCUUAAAUUCUGUUCUAGGGUUCAGGGUGUCAGAAACGAGUUAGAAACUAGUGACUCUUGCACUGUGGUUAGACUUGAUGAUAUAAAAAAAUAUUUUUCAUUUGACACUAAUUUUGAAGAAUAUUGGCCAUCAAAUGUAGCUGACCUACAAGUUUUUCCCGAUGAAAAAACUUUCAAUGCAUCUAGUUCCUGGAUUAGAGUACCAGAUCCUUCUGAAAAUCCAUAUACUACAUCAGCUUCAACACUUGAGGGACUACAACUGAGUGUGCCUAUAUGGUCCAUUUCCAAAAAUCAAAUGGUAUGUGAUAUUAUUGAUUUGUUGUUUUUUCUUUAUUUUUAAUAACUUUUAUGAAAGUUUGAUUUAAACUAUCUGUUAACAUAGUGAGCUCAUUUAGUGGCAUGAUUUUAAAAUAUUGUUAUUACAAAGUCUUGAUAGACUGCUCUGAGUGUUUUGUUUAUGCAAAAAUUAUAAAUUCCAAUUAAUAAUAAUGUGAAUAUUGAAUGCCUUCUUUUUUUUUUGACUGCAUUUAUUAUCUUCAAUAUUUGUAUGCAUUACUUAUUGGUUUACAUAGGUCAUUGGUUUACAUAUCAAUUACCUAUUUACUAUUUUUUAGAUUUUAAAUAGCUUUUUACUAUUUAUGUUUAUAGCGAUUCAUAAUCUAUUUAAAUAAUUAAAUCAGUAUAAUACAAGGUGAUUUUUUUUUUAUCAUGAACCAGCAAUUAUCAUUAUGGAAUCGUUUAACCUUUAUUUAUAACCAUCUGUAAUGUUUUACCCCUAUUUCAUAUACCUUAAAUGAGUGCAUACUUUUGAUUUUCAAAUAGGAACCCCCCCCCCUUUUGAACACAGAUUUGAAUAAUGAAUAUUUUUUUAUCAAUUUUGAUAAUCAUAACACUAAUAUAAGAUUUACCAUUUAUGAGUUAUAACAGUUUAAAAUGUCGGCCAGAGGAGUAGAGAAGGUAAUCAUAGAUAGGCAAUUUAUUACUUUUCUCUACUCCUCCAGUUUAGUUUUAUACUAUUAUAAUAUUUGCACAUGGCUUAUGGACACAAACUAUAUGUCUGUAUGUCAUCUACCCAGUAUCCAGUACCCCCCCCAUAAUUCACUAUGGCAGUCACCAUAUUUGGGUAUAGGGAUCGGCGCCACUGAAAUUAAUAAUACAAAUUCAUAUCAUAUUAUGAUAAUAUAAUUCUGUGGCUUGGUGCAAGAAGGGCCAAUGUUACAUUUCGUGAUCGUUGGAAAAUGGGCUUUGCAAUUUUAAUUCCCUAUUAGGAUCUGUGUAUUUGAUUAAACGUAUAUUUUUGUAUAAUUUUCAAUUUUUACAAAAACUUAAACAAUUUUUAUUUAAAAAAUAAAAAGCCGGCAACUUUGCAUGUGGGUACAGCCACUGUUGUAGGUGUGAAUUUGGGAAAGUAGUAGAGGAGAAAUUUAAUGUAUAUCUGUUAGCAACAAUAAACCAUUGCUAACGAAAAAACGAUUCUGAGUGAAGUUCAGUUGAUAGUGUUGCUUUGUCAACAAUAUAUAUGCCAUAUUAUGGCAAAAUUACAUAGGCAUUAUAUGUUUUCUUUAAUUAUAUUUGUUUAAUAUUGUACCAAUUCUCCCAAUUUUCCCAUACGGUUUUCCCAUGUUUUUCUUAUUUAUCGGGAAAACUCUCGGGAAAAAUCAAAAAACUAUCUCCUUAAAGUACCUCCUCAGUCAGAUUUCCUUUUAGAAAAAAUGAAUCUCUGUAAAUCGGAUUAAAAUUGAAAUAGAAAAGUUGUUCAUAAAAAAAAUAAGGCUGUAACAUUUUUUUAGAUUCUGGGUGGAGGGAAGAAGCUUUUAGUUUUACAAAGAUGUUUAUUUUUUUUUUUAUCUGUUUUAACUUUUCUACCAGAAAUUUCACUCAGAUUUCUAAGUUUUGCACCUUUUUUGAAAAUAAAUCAGACUGGGGAAGUACUUGAGGGAGUUCAUUUUUCGAUUUACUCGGGAUUUUUUCCAAUAAAUGGGGAAAAAUAGGAAAACCGAGAAAAAAGUAAGACAAACGGAAAAAUCAGAACAAUAUUAAACAAAUAUUAUUAAAGAAAACAUAUAAUGCUUAUCAUAUUACUAUAAAUACACUGAUACACAAGGCCGGCUCUAGACAAAAUUUAUACAUAGGCAAAAUCAAAAUUUGUCACCCUUUCGUUUUUGAUCUCUCUAUUUACCCCUUGUCCCCUUAACCAUAUCUUCAAACAUAUUCACGUGUACUUCGAGUUUAAGCCAUAGUACAUUUAUAUAGUCCACAUUUUCGUUAAAAUUUAAGUACUUUAAAAUAAUACAUUUUCUUAUUACAACAUAUCCUAAAUACGGUCCUGCCUAAGGAAAUGCUGCCUCUUACAUAAUGCCGCCCUAGGCAUAGGCCUGUGUUGCCUGUGCCUUCCGCCGGGCCUGCUGAUACAAUCGUAGUAAUAACAUCGAAGCAGACAGUAGUGUAUAGUUCAUAGCAUGAAUUAAGAUAUAUAUCUUAAUUUAUGAUUCAUAGUUAUCGUAUUGUUGUUAAUAUUUGUAAAAAUUGAUAUUCGUAAAUCGUAGUUAUUGUAUACGUGAUCAGUGACGCACGCAGGAUUUUUCAAUGGGGGAGGAGGGGGGUUUGAAAAUUGAUAGUUAAUCAGUUGUUUUUUCAUAAGUUUGAAAAAUAAAGUAUGUUAUUUUUUAUAGUGGGUGCAUUCUUAGUUCUGACUAAUAUUAAACAUAAAAUAUACACACAAAAAAUUUAAAAAAAAAGCUGUAAUAUUUUGUUAACUACAAAAAUGUUGGCAGUAAAAUAUAAUUUUUAAGCUAGUAGAGUAUUAAAAAAGCUAGAGAUUAACCAACAUUUUAGAAUAUUAUGAAUUGUGGAUGGCGUUACUUACCGUAAUUUUUUCUUCUAACUAAAAUUCGAAAACAAAUUCAAUCUUUUUUCUGUCAUAAAAUUAUUUUAGUGUGAAAAACUAUAAAAUUCGUUUUACACAAAAACAAUGACGAUAAAUCUAAGUAUACAAAAUAUUGUUACUUUGGCACUCAAGAGACACUAAAUUAUUUAGACACAUAAUUGUUUUUCACUAAUUAAAAGUUACCUAUAUUAUUAUUAUUUACAACAUCCGUGGACUAACUUGACGUGUUGAUUGUUGCUAACAAUCUAAGGUUAUGUAGCAGCCCACGUAUGCACGAUAACACCAACCGUCAAAUAUGUAAUAAUAAAACCAUUGUUUAUAACGAGUGUUACCACAGUUAGAUAAAAAUAAUAUAAUCUUAUCAGCCUUAUUCUGUGAUAAUAUAGUAACAUAGUAUGGUUUUAAUAGACAAUGGUGGUAAAUUAAAUUGUUUUUCUUACGAAAAUAGUGUAUUUUAUGAAAAAAAUGUCCUUACUUACCAAUUAUUGUUACAGUUGAAACUUGAAGAUAUAAAAUUGAUAUAUGUAUACAAUUUUUCUAGGACAAUUCACCGUCGUCAUUAUUUCGCUCUAAAAAUAGUACCCUAUUGUAUUUACCCGAUGUACAAUAUUAUAUUAAAUUUAAAAAAUUGAUACAUUUUCAAUAAUCGUUACCUGUAAUAGAGUUCAUAUUUACUCACUAUAAUAACAUUAUUGAAUAUUGAUAUAAUAUGUAUCUAUUGAUAAAUUACUUAUCCUAAUAUAAAAAUAAUAAUAAUAACGGGAAUUUCAUAGCAUUAAGUUGAUCGUAGUUAUAUUUUUCUAGUCGACUACUCGCUAGUGCGGUUUUAGAUUCCGAGCGUAGCGAAAUUAGGCCUAUCGGAUCUAUGUAAAACAUUUUUUGAAAAAAUUUACUCCAAUAUACUUAUCAAGUACAGCACUUAUUCUGAAAUGAAAUUAGGUGACAUCGACUUAGCCAAGUUCACCCAAAUGGACACCCAUUCAACUAUGGUACAACAAUGGCCUUAUCGAUAAUUCCGUAUUAAUAUGAAGUCUAUUGAAAUAACGUCAUCUCAAUAAUUGUGUUUUUAUUUUAUUAAAUCACAAUAUUAAUAUAAUUACAUUUUAAGAUAUAACUAUUUUCAAAGUAACGUUUAUUUAUGUUAUGUUUGUAUUAAAUUUUCAGAACACAUUGAUAAAUCAACAAAGCAUUUACACUCCAAUAAAUAACUUAAUGGCACAUACUAUACCACAGCCUUUUAUUCAGGCAGGCAUACAAUCGGUUCCCAUUAUGUAAGUUUUGAAUAUAUUAAUAAUAGCUUAAACUAAAUCUAAGAAUAAUGUUCAUAUUGAUAUUUAAUUUGUAGCUAUAAUUUCCUUUAUGUCAAUAGGCACAUGAGCAGUACGCCUAUGUACAGUCCAUUAUACGACAAUCAAAUGUGGCAGUUUUAUGAUGUUCAACGUUUUAAUAAUGAUGGUCAGGUCCAACAACAGCAACAGAUUUUGAAUCAGCCACAUCAAUUGUAUGGCGCUCAAUUUUUGCAAGGCAGAAACACAAACGCUCCGAUGUCCAAUAACAAUGUAAUGCUUUGA